CGCAUCCCAAUAAAACGCGCGCGCCGUUUCGCUUGCCCCGCGGGCGUCAUGGCGGCGUCUUUCCAGGGCGUGCGGCUCACGGCCGUGGGCGAGCAGAACGGCGGCGGCGUGCAGCGCAACCCCGAGGCCAACCUGCGCCUCGAGGCCAAGGCGACCGGCGGAGGCGGCGACUCGCUCGGGGUGACGCUGUACAACGGUGGUGGUGUUUGUGUCUUCAAAUGCAUGGUCGGCAGAGACACCGAGUGUUGCCGAGUGAGCAAGCAGGCGUUCCUCAUCACCCUCGGGCAGAACAGUGUGCUUGUACACUUCGCCUCGCAGCCCGAUUUCAACUCAUUCAUGAACCUACUCAAGUCAUGUCAGGGACGAAGUGUGGAGAGGUCUGUGUUUAGUGAAAGAACAGAGGAGUCUUCUGCUGUGCAGUAUUUCCAGUUCUACGGGUACCUCUCGCAGCAGCAAAACAUGAUGCAAGACUAUAUCCGCACAGGGACAUACCAGAGGGCCAUCCUUCAGAACCAUGCCGACUUCCGAGAUAAGAUUGUUCUGGACGUGGGCUGUGGCUCGGGGAUCCUCUCCUUCUUCGCCGUUCAGGCCGGCGCCAGGAAGGUGUAUGCAGUGGAGGCAAGCAGCAUGGCACAGCAUGCUGAGGUACUGGUGAGGAGCAACAACUUGCAGGAUCGGAUUGUAGUGAUCCCUGGGAAGGUGGAGGAUGUGUCCAUCCCAGACAAGGUGGACGUUAUCAUCUCGGAGCCCAUGGGGUACAUGCUGUUCAACGAGCGCAUGCUGGAGAGCUACCUGCAUGCCAAGAAGUGGCUCAAGCCAAAUGGUAAUAUGUUUCCAACGCUCGGCGAUGUCCACUUGGCACCGUUUACAGAUGAGCAACUUUACAUGGAGCAAUUCUCAAAGGCCAACUUCUGGUACCAGCAGUCAUUCCAUGGUGUCGAUCUGUCCAGCCUACGUGGGGCUGCCCUUGAAGAGUACUUUCGGCAGCCAAUCGUGGAUACAUUUGACAUUCGGAUACUGAUGGCCAGGUCCAUCAAGUACACGGUGAACUUUCAGCAGGCCAGGGAGGAGGACCUGCACAGGAUAGAGAUCCCUUUCAAGUUCCAGAUGCUUCAGUCUGGGCUGGUGCACGGCCUGGCCUUCUGGUUCGACGUUGCGUUUGUGGGCUCUAUGCUGACUGUCUGGCUCUCCACAGCUCCCACGGAGCCAUUAACGCACUGGUACCAAGUGCGCUGCCUGCUGCAGUCGCCGCUCUUUACGAAGGCCGGAGACACGCUCUCCGGCACUGUUGUAAUGAUCGCAAACAAAAGACAGAGCUAUGACAUCAACCUCGUGGCUGUAGUCGACCAAACGGGGUCAAAGUCAAGCAACUUGUUGGACCUCAAAAAUCCAUUCUUCAGGUACUCGGGGACGACGCCGUCGCCGCCUGCCGGCUCCCACUACACGUCUCCGUCCGAAGGCAUGUGGGGCCCAUCGGCGUACAGCACCGUGGGCUCGACGCAACUCGCAAACCACACUGCUGUGCCGUCUGCGUUUGACUUGAGUUCGGUGCUAAAUUCAGUGGCUUCUCCAACACCAACCAACCACAUCCCCAUGGCCGACACUGGGCCUGUGAAUCACAGUUUCUCCAGGCUGGGCUCCAUUAUGAGCACGGGAUUUGUGCCGGGAAGUGGCAACACGGGCCACUCCGCAGUACCCGGAUACCCGAUGUCUGGCCAGAUGGCCACUGCGGCGGCGGCAGCAGCGAUGGGCGGCAUGUUGGGCAUGACGACGUCGCCGGUACCACUCGUCAACAGCAACAUGCCCUUCAACAGCUGAGAGGAAGCACAAGAUGCAAAGGGAUGAGGCUGAGCAACCGUCCGUAAUUAAUUCAACCUCGAUUCACGUGAACUUUUUAAAACGCUGUAACUUUACCAUUUGGCCAUCUGAGUGAGCGCACGUGUGCACGUGCGUCACAGCACCAGCCGGCGUUUGUAGUUGCGUGCAAGUAUAUGCAGUUGUUUGUUAUACAUGUUUUUUUUAUAUAUAUAUUAAGUUCAACACAUACCCAACAUUGUUCUGCUCAUGGUAUAGUUAUUUUUUUUAAGUUCUAUUUGGGAUAUAUCUGGACCAAGUUCCCAGAAGGAUAUAUUGUUUUGAUGCAGAUAAUAGGCAGUAAUAAUGUCAAGCUGUUGACGUUCUUGCUGCUAAUCCUGACAUCGUUAUUAGAAUACAAGAGAUUUAUCUUGCCAUUUCAAGACUGCACACUACAUUAAGUUUACAGUGACUUUCUUUUUGUUUACGACGGUAAUUUGUUGAAGUGCUUUCCCAGUUUGGCAAAAAAACCUCACUGACUGCCCACUUUACUGAUGUUAUAAACCAUGACCCAGAGCACUGGCGGAGCCAGUCGAAAUCCCUCACUUCGAUCGGAUCAUUGGGGUUUAUUAGUAAUAAAUCGGCAUUUUGCGACUCCCAUUGCCCAAUGUGUAGCAUAUUAUUAUGUGCCAGGGACUCUAUGAGAUAGGACAAUAAUCUGAGUCCAUAAUUGUCAAUAAGUAACGGCAAAGCAGUUAUAAGUGACGCACAGAAUUCUGCGCAGUUGUGUACACAGUACACGAUUUCGGCAUCGCGAGUGCGAUGCCGAUCACACAACACGGUUCGAAUUCGACCCUCGAUCGAUGGGCUGCGCCAUCGCCACACACGCGUCGAAUAAAAAGCAACGGACCAGUCCUUGCUAACAACUCUCUCAUUUUUCAUUGCUGGAGGGGGUUGCCCCCCCCCUACCUGAAAAUGCUGGCUCCGCCAUUGACCCAGAGUAAUUGAAAUCUGCCUCCUUCAUGAUCAUUGUUAAUUUACCAUUGUGGGAGCUUUUAGUUUUGUUGUAAGUGUAAAACUGCCUCUGAUUUUUAUAAACUGUGGAUGCAAUUAACUUUACUUUAUCUGCAGCUAUAAACACGCAUCAAACCAUAGAAACAUAAACUUUACCUGUCGCAUUGCAACAUUUGACAAUGGUAAUGUGUUAGCACCAAGUGAUUUUCUGGAUAUAAAUGAUAUUUUCAAGGCUCAAUAGCUGCUCCAAAAAAACAUUCGCAAUGAUGUUUGCACCUGUUUUUAUUCACACGAACACGCGGAAACUUCUAAAGUUUGGUCCUAAACUGUGCAUUUGUGUUUUAAUGAUACACUUCAAAUUUUUUGACUUUAGAUAUGUUAUAGUGUUCGUGAAAACGCAACGGGCAGUUCGUUCUUUUUAAGCGUGGCUAUAUUGAAAAGUCACGAUUUAAUAAUGUGCUCAUUACACUGGAGUGAGACAUUUGACGAGAAAAAGACAGACGUAGUUAGAUUUAUUUUCAAAGUAGCAAAUUAACAGUUAAUUGAAAAUAGUUUUGCCUACACUUCUGAGUAAAUCAGCUGCUCAGUGACUGGCAAUUUCGUUUUCAAUAGUGUGAUCUCGCUCCAAAGUGUAUAUUCGCGAAGGGUGCUACUAUUGCAGUUUUGAAAACAUUUCCAGAGGGGUUAAACCUUGAGUAGUUUUUUUUCGAUUUAAAGCUUUCGUGACUGCAAGGAUUCAUCUUCUUUGUUCUUUCGGUAAAGUCACGUAGAAUGAGAAUAAAACAACAAAACAAAAUAAGACAAUAAAAUUCUCGUGACUUUACCGAAAGAACCAAGAAGAUAGUGUUUUUGUAUUGGCCACCUGGCUUGCACUGUUGGCUUGCAAAUGCCCCUUGGCAUUUUAUCUGCACAGCUCUGUAGAAGUAUGGCCACUUUCCAAAAAACAAUACUUUAUUGCAGUACGUGACAUGUAAAAUGUAUGAUAACAAAAGUGUUACAGAUCCAAGAUUAUCGGUGGGAUAAAAUUACGAUACAUAAAUUGAGCACGGGCACAAACUUUUCUGCAGCCAAAUCUGGUAAUUUGGCUUCUACAACAGGCUGAGUACAGGCUAGGGCUCGUGUAUCUCACCAAGGUUAAUAUUUCUGCCAAGAUUAGUAAUCUAAAUAGUGGUCUUCACAAGUAAAAAAAUGUUAAAUCCUCAAACAUUCCAGUAAGGAUGUUCUUAUUUCAAACAUGACCUGCAAGUAUUAAGGUAUAACUUAUGACAUUUUAAAUUACAAUACAGUGAAUAAAAUAUUGUAAAUGUUG